UGCAGUGCGCCUCCCUCCAGCAGCCGCUGUGUGUAAAGCCGGAGCGGGCGAGCGGGCUGCGGUGGGGUUAAGGGGGACUGAUGCACUGCGCCUCCAUCCAGCUGCUGCAUCCUGAGCGCAGGGGGGAUGGCGGAGAUGCCAGCUCUUCCCUCCACGAUACCCGCUCUGCUUCUCCCGGUGCUGACGGACAGACCGCCGGAGCUCCAGAGCCUCUGCUAACCGAGCGCGAGACGGACCGUUAAGAUUCAAAUCGCGUCUCGAGCCGCUGGCUAGCGAUAGGCGUGCUAACGGUUUACCUCAACCUGUGGGCUGAGCGGCGGGCUGUGGGGGGAUUUUUAUCGCUGAAAACUAAGAAAAACUUCGUUUAUUUCUGUCGUUUUUACACGUUCCCGACAUGAAGAGUGUUUUCUGGGCUAGUGAGGGAGGUGAACGAAGCCGCCGUUAACGUUAGCUAUCACCCCGGUAAAGCUGGGAGCAGGCAGGCUGCUUCAUUAUACCGCUUAACCUUCAAGCUAACGUCAAUGACAGCCGGCUAGCGCCGUCUCACGACUUCAGGUUUUUUUCUCUGUGAAAAAACCGCGUCGAUAAUUUUAUCAUCUCUUAAUUUUUCAGAGGGAUGAACGAAGGAAUACGAAUUAAGGGGACGAAAGACUCGUUGACCUCCCGCCGGACGCGUGUGAUUCGGGCAGCUUCAGGUGUGGAGCCGCUUCUUCUGCUGACAGUGUGCUAGUAAUCAGUCAGUAAUCAGGGCUUUCCCUCAGUUCCCGCCCGGUUUCUCAUCCCAAGUCCCGCUUCUGAACAUGGCUUCUGCGGCCAGCAGCCUCGCCGCAUCCAUUGCCAGCAAGACCAAAACCAAGAAGAAACAUUUCGUGUCGCAGAAGGUGAAGCUGUUCCGAGCCAGCGACCCUCUGCUCAGCGUAUUAAUGUGGGGAGUGAACCAUUCGAUAAAUGAACUCAGUCACAUUCAGAUCCCUGUUAUGCUGAUGCCUGAUGACUUCAAAGCCAACUCCAAGAUUAAAGUGGACAAUCACCUCUUUAACAAAGAGAACAUGCCAAGCCAUUUCAAGUUCAAGGAGUACUGUCCUCUUGUCUUCCGGAAUCUUAGGGAGAGAUUUGUCAUUGAUGAUCAGGAAUACCAGAACUCCCUGACGCGGAGUGCGCCGAUUCCCAGUGAUGCCCAGGGACGCAGCGGCGCUCGCUUUCACACCUCCUACAACAAGAAAUAUGUCAUUAAGAUAAUCACCAGCGAAGACGUGGCUGAAAUGCACAACAUUCUGAAGAAAUAUCACCAGUAUAUAGUGGAGUGCCAUGGCAACACGCUGCUUCCUCAGUUCCUGGGCAUGUACCGCCUCACCGUGGACGGAGACGAGACAUACAUGAUCGUCACACGUAACGUCUUCAGCCACCGCCUGCCUGUCCACAAGAAAUAUGAUUUAAAGGGAUCCACAGUGGCCAGAGAGGCGAGUGACAAGGAAAAGCAGCCACGUCCACCUGAAGAUGGGGCUCCACCCAAAUCUCGCAUGAGCCAAAAGCUACAAACCAUCCGGAUCGCCACGCGUUUUUACUGCGCCAUCAGACACACCAAGGAGCUCCCAACUUACAAAGACAAUGACUUCAUCAACGAUGGCCAGAAAGUCUACAUUGAUGGUGAGAAUAAGAAGAUGUUCCUGGAGAAGCUGAAGAAUGAUGUGGAGUUCCUAGCUCAGCUGAAGCUGAUGGACUACAGCCUUCUAGUGGGGCUCCAUGACGUGGAGCGGGGAGAGCAGGAGCAGCCGGAGGAGGAGAGCGAGGAUAACGAUGCCGGAGAAGAGGAGGGGACGGAGAGUGACGGAGGGGUGACGGGAACCCCACCUGAUAGUCCCAGCAACACACUUGAGAGUAACAAGCCACUAGGCCCUGGGGAAUUCGACCCUAACAUUGAUGUGUACGCCACCCGGAGCCACGACAAUGCACCCAAAAAGGAAGUCUACUUCAUGGCAAUCAUUGACAUCCUCACUCCUUAUGAUGCUAAGAAGAAAGCAGCUCAUGCAGCUAAGACUGUAAAGCAUGGGGCCGGUGCAGAGAUCUCAACUGUUAACCCAGAGCAAUAUUCCAAGAGAUUUUACGACUUCAUCACCACCAUUCUGUCCUAACUGGUGCCUGACGUCUGUCUCAGUAUCAGGUAUAGGUGGGAUUUUGAGGUGAACGCUAAACAUGGAAGCCUCCAUCUACAGAGAGGCUUCUAACAUGGGGUCCUGGGAAUUUUACUGGGAUCUGUUUGUUUACAUUUAUUUAAUGUUUUUUGCCCCUGUGUUUGUUUGAGUUUUUUCCAAAAGUACUAAAUAAGCAAAUAGGUUUAUGGUACUAAGCGGUGAAUGGACAAAUAUAUAGUCGUGCGUUAUGCUGUGUUGUACCUCUGUGUUAGAUAUUGUUGGGUGGGAUGUUGAGUGGCGUUAUUGUGCAUUAUUAUCUGGAAUCCUCAGAGCUGCUUUUUACUCUUAUUCUAUAUUUGUUUCCUGCAAGAAACAUCAUCAUAAGUGGUCAAAUUUCCUGGCCCGGGUUAACUUAGGUUAACUUUGUUUUUUGUUGUUGUUUUUUUUUGAUAGUGGGGUUUCCACUGACAGUAUAAACUAGUCCAGAGCUAAAAAGUUAAUUUUGUCUUGAAGUCCAUCUGUUUAUAUAUCUAUAUGUGUAUAUAUAUAUAUUAAUAUAUAUACAUGUAUUUCAAAUGAUCAUUUAAGACCACAUAUCAGGUUUACUAAGCACCUGUACCUAUUCAAACAGUACUGAAACUAGAGCAGUGAUAGUUUUCCAGUCUAUUUGGACUGCAGAAUGAAUGGACGGUCGUGCCCCACAUAGUGAUUCAAAUUUGCUAUUUGAAUUUAGAUUUAGUACCAAGCGCACGCACCAUAGAAGAGUUGAGUGUGUCCCACUAACUCCCAACAAAGUAGAACAUUUGCGCAAGAUGUUUGCACAUGAUCUAAUGCACCAAAACUAUUAUGCAAAUUAUAUCCUACCAAUUUUACCAUUGACUCAUGUAGAGUCAUGCAAUAGUAGUGAGCUUGUGUGUUAACAAUAAAUAAAGUGUGUUACAACUGAAGUAACACAUCUAGAGUUUAUUAGACGAUGAGAGGAUUGGAGAUAUUAUUAGCAUUGUCACUUUUUUAUCCACAGAGAACAAGUAGAGCGUUCAGAUUUAGCUGAUUUUAAAGAUUAGAGAGUGUUCUAUGGAACGUGUGUGCAUAUAUUUUUACAUCCCUUUCUUUAAAAGAGUGCAUUUGCGAGUUUAAAUGGAACUGUGCUUCCAGUGGGUAUGAUGUUUUGGAAUUUACUGCUUUUUUUGCUGCUGGGCUUUGUGCAUUUUAGCGUUGUAACAGCGCUAGAAGAACUGAGAUCAAAGCCUAUAUCUCUUGGUCUUGCUCUGACUCAAUGUUUCUCUCAAACUUGGUGUGGUCUCCGUGACCUCCAGUAUUAUAUAAUCACAAAAAUAUUUACACUGUAUGUUUUUUUUGUUUGUUUCUUGAAGAACAUUGAUCGGAAAUAAACCUAAAACAUUGAACUGUACGUGUUUUGACAUCAUCAUCAAUAUCUACACUGUGCGAGGGUGUGCCUUUUUUACUCGGAACUAUUUAAUUUUGUAUUUGAAUCCUUUUUAUUUAAUAAAAGUUUGCAAAUGUUAUUUUCUAAAAAUGGCGAGGUGAAUGGGAUGAACCCUGUGGUGAUUUUUGCUGUUCCUGUGAUGUGUAAAUAUCUUCGUGUAUAACCUGUAUAAUCUGUGAUCUUCUGACAGAAUGUUGCAUUUCUAAAGGUACCAACUGUUUUGCCAACUUCAGAGCUAAUCCGGCUGAUCUGUUCCAAUGUUUGAGUGGCGUUGAAGUGCAUUGUUCCUUUUCUCUGCUUUCGAGUGAAAACUCCGAAGGCACCACUGCGUGUCAGUGCAGUGCUGCUACAUUACACCCUUUGAAAAGUGACUGAAGUGUUUAUUCUGUAUUACUGUAUCAGAAUCUGCUUUGUCAACUCAGAAAAGAAAGAAACUACAAGCCAUGCUUAACCGCUUUUUGAAAAGGGAAACUUUUAAGGUACCUCUUUUUAAGCCUGAAAGUUACUGAAGACCUUGUGAGACCUUUACUCCAGUACCACCGCCUCAUGGUUUGUGAGGAAUUUGAUAUUCGUCAGUUACGUUUGAGGCAAAGACAUCUUCUUUCACGUGUUUUCAGAUAUUUAAAAAAAAACCUUCUCAAUCAGUUCUGCUUUGUGUCAGCCUGUUUGAUGUUCCACCUAACGAGGAAAGACUUCCAGGUUGUGCUGUUUGGAGCUGAUGCCAGGAGAUGCUUUGCAAAGGGGGAGCAAUGAAAGAACCCUACCAGAGAAUAUUGUUAAAGAUACAUAACAAGAUGUGCUGAUCUGAAAAGCUGUUGGUCUUCUUGUCAUUGUUGUUGUUGGUCACGUCAUGAAUGCGUACAGUUUUCACAUGUGUAUGUGCAGUAUUUAUUUUUGAGGCACUCUUCCGUCAUCAGCAUCGCUGAAUAAAAAUGAUGCUUUGCUCA